AUGCCAAUCAACCUCUGCAUCCUCACACUCUUCAUCUUCACUUUCCACUGCCAUGGACAAUCCCAAACCAGUCCUGACAGAUCCAUUCUUCUUGAUUUAAAGAAGCAUUUUUUGAAUUCACCAAACAUCUCUCAUCACUGGACUUCAUCAUCAGACCACUGUACCUGGCUGGGAAUCACCUGCCAUAAGGGAUUCGUCACCAAAAUUCAGCUUGGUGGGCUAAUCAUCAACGACACAAUCCCCCCCUUCAUCUGCGACCUGAAAAAUCUCACUCAUCUUGAUCUCAACAACAACAAUAUCCCUGGAUCAUUUCCUGCAUUUCUGUACAAUUGUUCCAAACUUGAAUACUUGGACCUUUCUUUUAACAACCUCAGUGGCAUCAUCCCUGAUAAUAUUAGCCUCCUUUUUCCUCGACUAGAGGUUCUUAAACUGUCUUCUAACUGGUUCGUGGGCGGCGUUCCAGCUGGAAUUGAAGGCCUAAAAGGUCUGAAAGAACUUCAACUAGCUGGACUGUUCACAAAUGGCUCAUUCCCUCCAGAGAUUGGCAACCUCCUGAAUCUUGAAGUUCUUGUUCUUAGCCAGAAUAGUUUCUCACCACAGGAAAUCCCGCCAAGUUUUGCCCAGUUGAAGAAACUGAGACACCUCUGGAUGAAAGAGGCAAACUUGAUUGGCAAAAUCCCGGAAAAUAUCAGCAGCAUGGAAGCACUAGAGUACCUGGAUUUAUGCCAAAAUGAGUUGAGUGGAAACAUUCCAAGUGACUUCUUCCUGCUCAAGAAUUUGACCACGGUUUUCCUCUACACAAACAGAUUGUCUGGGCCUAUUCCCAAUCCAGUUAUGGCAUUGAAUUUGAAUGGAAUUGAUUUUUCUGAUAACAGCUUGACGGGGAGCAUUCCAGAAGACUUCGGAAAGCUUACAAAGUUGGAGGGUUUGGACUUGUUCAUGAAUCAAUUAUCAGGCAAAAUACCAGUAGGCAUAGGUAGAUUGCCAGCACUGUCUUCUAUUCAACUCUUCAUGAACAAUCUGGCAGGUGAACUUCCGCCAGAUUUAGGUCGAUUUUCGAAGCUUAAAGUUUUUGAUGUCUCCACAAACCAUCUUACAGGAUCACUACCACAUGGUUUGUGUUAUAAUAAGGUAUUGUAUGGCAUUUAUGCUUUUGACAACAAUCUCACGGGUGAGUUACCAAAAUCACUUGAGGAUUGCAACACCAUGAGUGCAGUCAGGGUUGAGAGAAACAAUCUUUCCGGUACAAUUCCUAAUGGUCUAUGGACAAUUGGGCCUUUGACAAGGUUGUUGAUUAGCAAUAACCAGUUCACUGGUCAGCUGCCACAAAAAGUGGCACCAAAUUUAUCUCUACUUGAUAUUGGCCACAACCAAUUUUCUGGUGAAAUUCCUGAAGGUUUAUGGACAGCUGAGAAUUUGGAAGUGUUGCAGAUUAACAAUAACCAGUUCACUGGUCAGCUGCCACAAAAGAUGGCAUCAAAUUUAUAUAUUGUUGAUAUUAGCAACAACCGAUUUUCUGGUGAAAUUCCUGAUGGUGUUUGGACAUCUGGGCAAUUGAAAUGGUUGUUUAUUAAGAAUAACCAGUUCACUGGUCAGCUGCCAAAAAGCAUUACAUCAAAUUUAUCUCUACUUGAUAUUAGUAACAACCAAUUUUUUGGUGAAAUUCCUCCGGCAAUCUCUUCUUGGAGCAAUCUAUAUUUCUUCAGUGCAAGCAAUAAUCUCUUAACAGGUCAGAUUCCUCAUGAACUCACUGCCCUUAGAUCUUUAUCGGUCCUUAGGCUUGAUGGGAAUAAGCUUUCUGGAAAUUUUCCUUCAAAUAUUAUAUCUUGGGAGUCACUAUCCACAUUUACAUGCAGCAGAAAUCAGCUUUCUGGUGCAANGCCAACAAUCCUUAUUUCUUGA